CCCUCAGUGUGUUUUCUCUUCUCUGCAGGUCCAACCUCAUGGGGACCAAGUUUACAGUGUACGACAGUGGACAGAACCCUGGGAAGACAACUUCCAGCCUAGAGGCUACUAACCUGCGGCAGGAGCUGGCAGCCAUCUGCUAUGAAACCAACGUUUUAGGGUUCAAAGGACCUCGUAAAAUGAGUGUCAUCAUUCCUGGAAUGAACAUGGACCAUGAGAGAGUCGCCAUCUGCCCACAGAAUGACCAUGAGUCUUUGCUGGCGCGAUGGCAGAACAAGAGCACAGAGAGCGUGAUCGAGCUUCACAACAAGACCCCCGUGUGGAACGACGACACGCAGUCGUACGUUCUGAACUUCCACGGCAGAGUCACUCAGGCCUCAGUCAAGAAUUUCCAGAUCAUCCACGACAAUGACCCGGACUACAUUGUGAUGCAGUUUGGGCGGGUUGCGGAGGAUGUAUUCACCAUGGACUAUAACUACCCUAUGUGUGCCCUCCAAGCCUUCGCCAUUGCUCUCUCCAGCUUUGACAGCAAGCUGGCCUGUGAGUAGCAGCCAUCCUCUCCCCUUUACCUCCUGAGAAGCUACCUGCCCCUAACUGAAGGGCUACUCAUGGGCCUCCAUUAGUCCAUCAGUCCCCUCACCAGGGGCUGCAGUUAAUCCUGGUCACCAUGGGGACCCAACACUGUCCGAGAAUCCCCCCUGGAAUUUGCUUAAGCCGAGGAUGGUGUGGAGGCACAAACUGUCUGCAAGUGUGUCUAUUGAGUGUGUGUGUGUGUGUGUGUGUGUAUGUGUUCUGGUGCUCCUAAGGAACCCUUCCAGUCUCUAUUCUGGAUAAGGAUAUGUCAGUCAGUGGACAGGACAAGCACAAAGACUAAUCCACUCUUGCAUCUUAAGGCUCAUUUUAAUAGAUCAUGUUUUAAAUUAAAUAUGUAACAAUGAAUCCUGUUACUUUAUGUAUCCGUGGUGGAAUUCUAACAUUUUUUAAACCAUUAAUUACUUAUCAAUGAAUUUAACAUGUAUUGCAAAAAAAAAACUAACAACUGUUCAUCUUCAUGUUGAAUUGGUUGAAGGAGUUUCAUCGUAGUAAUUAACCCCCACAUGCCACCUUUAACUUAUUCAAUAUUGGACUGGAAACCAUUAGGUUACAAAUUAGGACCAUUCAAGAUUGAAAACAUAAUUCAUGAUAAAACUCCUAACAAAUAACACUUUAACUCCAUAACUGUAACUAAUAUUACUCAUUUGAACAUCACAUAACAUUCACAUCCAUUUAUGUAUUUAUAUUGUUAUUUAUGUAUUUAUACAUAUCCAUGACACAGGUAAAUGCCAAAAUAAAAGAAACACCAACAUAAAGUGUCUUAAUAAGGCAUUGGGCUACCACGAGCUGCCAGAACCGCUUCAAUGCACCUUGGC